UAGCCCGGAGGAAUGCGGGAGCCCCACUGUUGUUCUAGACGCUGGGUUCCCACUGCCUCUGCUACACACCCCGACUUCCCACCCAGGCACCAGGAUCCCACUUGGAACACUCUCUCUGAUGAACAGCUUCUCUUGGAAUUGACCCACUUGUUCAUUUGUUAACAGAAACAAGAGCUCUUCUGUACGAGCCCCAUGGCAUCCUGCCCUGUCCUGCAGAAGGAGAGAGUGUUCCAGUCAGGAGCCCAUGCCUACAGAAUCCCCGCUCUGCUCUACCUGCCUCAGCAGAAGACACUGCUGGCCUUCGCGGAAAAGCGGAUGAGCAAGAAGGACGAGCACGCAGAGCUGAUUGUCCUGCGCAGAGGAAGCUAUGAUGCAUCCACCCACCACGUCCAGUGGCAUGCUCAGGAGGUGGUGGCCCAAGCCCAGCUGGAGGGCCACCGGUCCAUGAACCCAAGCCCCUUGUACGACGAGAAGACGGGAACCCUCUUCCUCUUCUUCAUUGCCAUCCCCGGGCAGGUCUCCGAGCACCACCAGCUCCACACCAGGGUCAACGUGACACGUCUGUGCCAGGUCACCAGCACGGACCACGGGAGGUCCUGGAGCCCCGCCAGAGACCUCACCAGCCCGGCCAUCGGCGCGGCCCAUGAGGAAUGGGCCACUUUUGCGGUGGGUCCGGGGCACUGUCUGCAGCUUCACAACAAGACCCAGAGUCUGGUGGUGCCCGCCUAUGCUUACCGGAACCUUCACUCCCUCCGGGGGCCUUCCCCAUUUGCCUUCUGCUUCGUCAGCCACGACCACGGGCACACAUGGAAGAGAGGAAACUUUGUGGCCCAGGACACCCUGGAGUGCCAAGUGGCUGAAGUAGGGGGUGCGGAGCAGAGGGUGGUGUAUCUGAAUGCCAGAAGCCCCCUUGGAGCCAGGGUCCAGGCUGAGAGCACCAACGAGGGGCUCGACUUCAAGGAGGCCCGACCAGUGAAGAAGCUGGUGGAGCCUCCCCACGGCUGCCACGGGAGCAUCAUCAGUUUUCCCGACCCCCAUGCGGGCUCAGGAGCCUCAGACAAAUGGUUGCUCUACACCCACCCGACUGACCCGCAGCAGAGAGCCAACCUGGGAGUGUACCUCCACAGGCGGCCCCUGGGCCCCGAGGCCUGGUCGGAGCCCGCUCUGUUGGCCAUGGGGAGCUGUGCUUACUCAGACCUCCAGAGCAUGGGCGCCGGCCCAGAUGGGUCACCCCAGUUUGGGUGUCUGUAUGAAUCGGAUAAUUAUGAAGAGGUGGUCUUCCUCAUGUUCACCCUGAAACAAGCCUUCCCAGCUGAAUUUUUGUUUCAGUGAGCCGGUUGUGUGGCCAUCCAGGAAGGGCUCCUGACUGAGAGGGCCACGGUUUCCCCUCUGGGCUUUGGAGGCCAGCUCUUGGUUCCCUUCACCGAGAGCGUGCUCAGACACCCGCCUCCUGCCUCUUUUCCUCCUUUGAUGUUUCAGUCCUUCUAAGGGAUUCAGUUUUGAGCCCAGAAGUUGAAGGAACCUGGCUUCCCACAGCCCCUCGACAGGGAAGGUGCGGAGAGCUGUCGUUCUGCAUGGCUCAGCCUGCCUGCUGCCCGCCCCAGCUUUGUGCGGGUCUUGAUAAAUGAUGGAGUCCAGCCCAUUUCUUCUUGGUAAAUGCUCAUCAUGUUCCUGGGGAAAGGCUGAGACAAAGCUGUAAUAAAUUAGCAGAGGGGUCUGUGUGUGCGUGUGCGGGUACGCGCACAUGUGUUCUCAAUGAUGCUCUAGAGGAGACCGCACGGGAGACAGCUUUGCAGGGAGGUAAGGCAGGUCUAGGAAAAUUAAGCUAAUCUAAGUCAUUGUGUCAGUUUCCCCCGGCUGCCGUAACAGAUCAAUACAAACUUGGUGGCUUAAAACAACAGAAACUUAUUCUCUGACAGUUCUAGAGGCCAGAAGUCCAAAAUCAAAGCAUCAGCAGGACUGUACUCCCUCUGAAGGCCCCAGGAGAGAACCCCUCCUUGCCUUUGACCCCAGGCAUUCCCCAGCUCAUGGCUACCUACCUCCCUUUAAUGCCUCUGUCUGUGAGUGGCUUUCUCCCCUUCUCCUGUGUUUUCUCUUCUGUCUCUUACAAGACACCUGUCAUUGGAUUUCUGGCACACCCAGAUAACCCAGGAUAAUCCUGCACUCAAUUAUAUUUGCAAAGACUCUUUUCUUUUUUCUUAAAUUUUAUUUUAUUUUAUUAUG